AUGUCCGGCAAUCCUCAGUGGAAAUUGUUCCAGCCGCCAGAUUCACAUGUAUCUCCGCUGCGGGACAUUUUAGAUCUUCAGCAUUCUAACAUGCAAUCAAAGCAGGUAUUUCGAAACGGCUCUUUUAGUAGUGAUUUUCCCAGUUCUCCCAGAGAUAACUAUAAUAAUAUGAACAAGCCAAGUGGUGGGAAUAGAUUUGGCACGGGCUUCAAUAUAGAUACGUGUCCAAUGGGUGAUUCUGUUGGUGUAUUUUCAUCGAGUUCCUCAAACAACCCUACUCAGUAUGAUUCUGUUAACAACCCACCCAUUAGAGAAACUGGGAUAAUUGAAAAAUUACUUCACUCUUAUGGAUUCAUACAGUGUUGUGAAAGGCAAGCUCGUUUGUUCUUCCACUUUAGCCAGUUCAGUGGCAACAUUGAUCAUUUAAAGAUUGGUGAUCCUGUAGAAUUUGAAAUGACUUACGAUCGUCGUACUGGAAAACCAAUUGCUUCUUUUGUUACCAAAAUUGCACCUGAAGUAGUCCUGAGUGAGGCGCGUGUCACAGGCAUAGUCACUACAGAAGUUAAGGGGGAAGGUUCUGGUGAUAAUACUGGAAGAAUAUCCUAUGAAAACCGUGGCGAGUGUUUCUUUUUGCCUUAUACCAAGGAUGAUGUUGAAGGAAAUGUGACAUUAAAAAGUGGUGAUGCUGUGAGUUUUCAAAUUGCAACAAACCAAAGAGGCACUCUGGGUGCUUGCCAUGUCCGAUUUGAGAAUCCCGUACAUCCCGUGAAAUAUCAUGGGGUUGUCUGUUCAAAAAAAGAAAAUUUUGGAUUUAUUGAACGUGCUGAUGUUGUUAAAGAAAUAUUCUUUCAUUAUUCAGAAGCAAAAUUAAAAGAGGAAUUAUCCUUAGGAGAUGAUGUUGAAUUCAUUAUACAAACAAGAAAUGGUAAGGAAGUUGCUUGUAACAUAACAAAACUACCAAGUGGGUCUGUUGUAUUUGAAGAUAUAAAUCCUGAGAUUAUGCGGGGACAAGUACUGAAACCCCUUGAAAGAGGUAACAUGCGUGUACCUCAAAAUGAUCCACUCCCGGGUAGGAUAAAGUACCGUGCAGCGGAUCACUCUGAAACUGAGGUACCGUUUGGUGACAAGGAUCAAUGUGGUGAAUUCACACUUCGGCAUGGUGAUUGGGUCCAAUUCCAAGUGGCAACAGACAGGCGAGAUCAAUUGAAGCGCGCAACAAAUAUCUCCCUUCUAGAUGAGUCUUUUAAUGUUUCUGGAGAACGAAGGGAGCAAGGGCUUGUAUGUUCGUUGCGAGAAGGCUUUGGAUUCAUUCGCUGUGUUGAAAGAGAUCAAACCAUGUCCUUCCAUUUUGCUGAAGUACUGCGUUUGGGUCAAGAACUGAGCGUUGGUGAUGAGGUAGAAUUUACUGUGGACCCAGUUACAUCGUUCUCUAACAUGAACACCCGUCAAUCUGCUAUCCGUAUCAAACACUUGCCAGCUGGCACUGUAAAGUUUGAGACAUUGGUUGAGAAAGGCAUCCGUGGUGUUAUCAGUAAAGAGGCGCAAUCAUUUUCCUCCUCAUCCAGCCCAACUCGAAAUGGAAGUUCGGAAAAUGGAAUCAUUACUUGCCACAUCAAUAACGUAAAGAAAAACAUACCCUUUGCCGCUAAUAAAUGCGAAGUAAAAGUAAUUCCACGUGUGGGCGACAAAGUUCUGUUUGAUAUAUACCAGUCUAAGAGAACCAAAGACUUAGUGGCAAUGUCUGUACAAAUACAAACUUUGGGCACGGCCAAUGGAAGUUCUGCUAACGGAAACUCUCGUCCCAUCAUGCAAGGGUUCAUCGCAGCUUUGAAGGAUGGCUUUGGGUUUAUAGAAACAGCUGACCAUACUAAGGAAAUCUUUUUCCACUUCAGCAACCUCGAGCGCAAUCCAGACGGUCUUGAGCUCGGCAUGGAAGUUGAAUACUCGUUGGGAAGGAUCAGCAGUUCUGGUGGUGGAUGUGCCAGUGCUGAGUUUGUUCGUACCUUGCCCCGAGGUACUAUCCCUAUUGCCAAGCCAUUGGAGGCGACCCUGAAUGGUACAGUUACGCGUACAAUGCGCGCAUUAAACCCGGAUCAACUACAAUAUUCCGGUAUGAUCCAAGCUGAGAAUGGGACGUCAUACGAGUUUGGAAUUAUGGGUCUAGCGUGCAAACGCGAGAUUCUUCAAAUCAGCGACCCGGUGACAUUCCAAGCUGACGUCGAGGGACGUGCGACUAACAUUGUGCCCGUUAGAAAGAAACGACGGGCCGUUGUAGACGCUAUCAAGGGUGGUUUCGGUUUCCUGUCUGUCGACGGUGAAGAUAACCGGCGUCUGUUCUUCCACAUGUCGGAGGUGCGCGGCAACCACGCGGAUUUGCAACCAGGCGAUUCGGUCGAGUUCGUUAUGUUGACUAAUCCACGCAACGGCAAAUCGUCUGCUUGCAACGUUGUUAAGACGGGGAGCAAGGGAGCAGUUUCCAAGGCCCGUCCGGAGCGAUUGUUAGCGCGCCUUCGUACAAUUUCGCAAGAGGACGCAUCCACCCCUCGCGUGAUUGUAACACGGAUGCCUCGAGGACCCGACGGCUCCCGGGGCUUUCGCACAAGGCGUCCUAUCAACGAACAACUUACCGAAUAA